AUGCGUCGCUUGGGGAACGAGAUGAGGUUCUUCUUCGGAUUGGACCGGCGAGCUUGGACGGGCUCGGGACAUCCGAGCGCGGAACAGGUUUCGACGAUCUCGUGUCGAUUCAGAUUCGACACAUGAUAACACCUCUGGGCACUCAGCGGAGCCUGAUUUGCCGGCAAGAAGGACAUGCCCAGAACUGAUCCUGAAGCUUCUGAUGUUUUGCGACCUUUCACUUGUGCAGGAAGGAAUAUAAGAUCGUCAUCAUGUACGUUAUUGGGAAGCAGCUGGAACGAGCUCGAAUUUCGGGGGGGUUCAAGGUUACUGAACUCGUCUCGUUCUUUCUUCAACAGGGGUGGAGGAGGUGUUGGUAAAUCAGCCAUCACCGUGCGAUUCGUUCAUUCCUUGUUCGGUAGGUUGUGAUGGCAUUGAACGCGAGACCGCCGCCAACCACAGAGGAGAACCUUCAGUCGCAAGCUUCAUCAGAGCUGACUCUCGGUCCGUCCCCGACCUGUAGUGGAGAAAUACGAUCCGACGAUAGAGGAUUCCUAUCGCAAGACUAUGGUAGUCGAUGGAAUUACGUGCCAUUGCGAUAUUAUGGAUACGGCGGGGACAGAACAGGUGCGUACGAGGCAUCUGUUCUCGCCAAGCCGAAAGGCUUAAUCAGAACCUGAUCGAGUGUUUUGAGCGGGUUCCUCACAUAGUUCAUGGCGCUGCACUCGAUGUACAUGAAGACGGGGGAUGGAUUCGUGCUCGUCUUCAGUCUCAGCUCGAUGGAGUCCGUUUCGGAAUUGCAGAACAUCAGGGAGCAGGUAAGGGUUCAAACAGUGCGCGGGCAAAUUGGAGAAUGGUUGCUGAUGCGGUUGAUAUGUGCGCGGGAGCAGAUCCACCGGAUCAAAGAGGCUGAAUCUCGGAUACGAGUCCCCUUGGUACUGUGCGGGAAUAAAUGCGAUCGUGAGUAUAGGAUAUCACCAUCUCGUCCAUGUUGCAGACCCAUCGGAUUAUCAUUGACGCUCUAUGGCCCCACAAGUCGGCGCCGAACGACAAGUCCCUCGAGAUGUCGCGGUCGGUUUGUCAAGAGCUUGGGGUGGGGUCCCUUAUUACGAAACGAGCGCUCGGAAGGAGAUCAACAUACGAGAAGUGAGUUCUGACACAUGCGUGAAUCUACUCAAUCGCUACUCAUGCAUAAUGAUCGGCGCUGUCACAGGUGUUUGAAGAUAUCGUGAGGCAGAUGAUCAAAGCCGGCGUCGGGACCAAGUAUAAGGAGCGGGGCUCCAGGCAUUCGAAAAGAUGUGUGAUAAUCUGA